UUGCUACAACGCAAACAUGGAGGACGGCGGAGUGCUGGUUGAGAAACCUCAGGAUGAAGUGCCGGCAUUGCUGAAUUCAAGACCUCAAACUGGCUUGUCCUUCUUGGCUCCUGAACCAGAAGAUCUGGAGGACCUUUACAGCAGAUAUAAGAAGUUGCAGCAGGAGCUAGAGUUUUUGGAGGUGCAGGAGGAAUACAUUAAAGAUGAGCAGAAGAACCUGAAGAAGGAAUUCCUUCAUGCCCAAGAGGAGGUGAAGAGGAUACAGAGCAUCCCUCUGGUUAUUGGGCAGUUUCUAGAAGCGGUUGACCAGAAUACUGCUAUUGUGGGCUCAACCACAGGCUCCAAUUACUAUGUACGAAUUCUGAGCACAAUUGACAGAGAACUGUUGAAGCCCAAUGCGUCUGUUGCUCUACACAAACACAGCAAUGCGCUGGUGGAUGUUCUUCCUCCAGAGGCUGACAGCAGCAUCAUGAUGCUCACAUCAGAUCAAAAACCAGAUGUGACCUACUCUGAAAUCGGAGGAAUGGACAUCCAAAAACAGGAAGUGAGAGAGGCUGUUGAGCUUCCUCUUACACAUUUUGAGCUCUACAAACAGAUUGGUAUCGAUCCACCCAGAGGAGUGCUUAUGUAUGGACCCCCUGGCUGUGGAAAGACUAUGCUGGCAAAAGCUGUGGCUCACCACACUACAGCGGCCUUCAUCCGUGUUGUGGGCUCAGAGUUUGUGCAGAAAUAUCUGGGCGAGGGUCCGCGCAUGGUACGAGAUGUCUUUCGACUGGCGAAAGAGAAUGCCCCAGCCAUCAUCUUCAUUGAUGAGAUUGAUGCUAUUGCUACUAAGCGUUUUGAUGCACAGACUGGAGCUGACAGAGAAGUGCAGAGAAUCUUGCUUGAGCUCCUCAAUCAAAUGGAUGGCUUCGAUCAGAAUGUGAAUGUGAAGGUCAUCAUGGCCACAAACAGGGCUGACACUCUAGACCCAGCCUUGUUGCGCCCUGGUAGACUGGACCGUAAGAUUGAGUUCCCGCUACCUGACCGUCGACAGAAGCGUCUAGUGUUUUCCACCAUCACCAGCCAGAUGAACUUGUCGGAGGAAGUCGACCUGGAAGACUAUGUUGCCAGGCCUGACAAGAUCUCUGGUGCAGAUAUCAACUCUAUUUGCCAGGAGGCUGGAAUGCUUGCUGUGCGUGAAAACCGUUAUAUUGUGCUGGCAAAGGAUUUUGAGAAGGCUUACAAGACUGUUAUUAAGAAGGAUGAGCAGGAACACGAGUUCUACAAAUAGAGUAAUCAUUGACUAGAUAUUUGGCAUUAGCUCUUAUCCUGUUGAAACCUUUAUCUGUGUGUACAGUGUAUUGUUAAGGAUGUAACACUUGAACCUUGAUUUAUCCAUUCAGGGUUUACUGCUUGUACUGGGACUUUGAUUUCACAGGAUUUAUUUACACAUAAAAUAUGGAUGCAUCAACAUGCGCAUUUGGUGAGCAUGUAAUCUGUUUAUUGAAGAAAGAACAACACAAAUACAACUAUCAAGAUGUUUUCCAUAAAUGAGUUUAAAUAAAGACGUUUUUGAUAACAAA